GCGAUCAAGUACUCAACGCAUCAGCCCGGCGCAACACGGUUCGCGCUAUCGCUGACAUCUUUUAAAAUAGCUCAUUCACGCGUGGCACGGCCGUAGUCGGUUCCGCGCUAGUCCCCCGGGAAGGUUGCAGCAGCCGCGUGCGUUCACGGUGUGCCGACAUGGUGCGCGUGUGUACAUGGACCACUUUCUCCCACUGAAGGCGUCGGUUGCUGUUGCUCCAAGGUGCGCGUGUCGUAGUGCCGCUAAAAAUACCUAAUCGAGCGUAAUUGAAGUACACGCCGGUCUCAACUUCCGUGUUUUGUGACGUGUUUGCGAUCGUUUGGGCAGUGUGUUUGUGUGUAUGCAAAGCUUCGUAAGACUGCAGACUGCGUUCGCUGUUGCUAAUUCGGAACGUAAACUCCAGUAAACGAUGGAUCCAACCGUUUCCUCCACAAUGGAAGAAGCUACCGAAGCACCAUUGGAGCAGCGACUGCUCUUCUCUCCGAUCGAUUAUGUCAUCUUUUGCUCGAUGCUGGGCAUGUCGGCACUGAUCGGUGUGUACUAUGGAUUCUUCGCUAAGCAGAAGCAAAACAACACGGCCGAGUAUCUGCUGGGCAGCAAGCAGAUGAAGGUGUUCCCCGUGGCCAUGUCGCUAACGGCGACCCACAUCUCGGCCAUCACGAUGCUCGGUGUACCGGCGGAGAUGUACAAGUACGGGAUACAGUAUUGGGCCUGCUCCAUAUCGGGGCUCAUCGUGACGAUCUUCAUGGUGUACGUGUUCCUGCCGGUUUUUCACGAACUCCAGACCGUCUCCUGCUACAGCUACAUCGAGCAGCGGUUCGAUAAGCGCACCCGCACCUUAGCUAGUGGUCUGUUCAUGUUCUACUGCUUGCUCAACACGCCCGUUAUCAUCUACGCACCCGCCAUUGCCUUCAGUCAAGUCACCGGUAUCAAUGUGCACAUCAUCACGCCCAUCAUUUGCUGUAUCUGCAUAUUCUACACAACAUUCGGCGGCAUACGUGCGGUCAUCUGGACGGAUACGUUGCAAUUUGGCGCGAUGCUGUGUGCGCUGUUCGUUGUGAUGACCCUCGGGACGUUGCAGCUUGGUGGAGUGGUGAACGUGUUCCGGUUAGCGGAAGCCGGAGGUCGUUUGAUUUGGUUUAAUAUGGAUCCUGAUCCGUAUCUUCGUACCUCGUUCUGGCUAGUCUCGGUCGGACUAACAUCCAUGUGGAUAUCAAACAUUGGAGUAACGCCUGAAUGUAUUCAACGCUUCCUAACCAUUCCCGAUAUGUCCAGUGCCAAGAAGGCCGUUUGGAUAUUCGGCGUAGGUCACAUUCUCGUGAAGCUUUUCUCCGUCUACAAUGGGCUGCUAAUCUUCGGCAAGUACCACGACUGUGACCCCAUCCACGAGGGCACGGUGCAGAAGUACGAUCAGAUCUUUGCCUACUACGUGCUGGACGUUGCGAGGCACAUCCCUGGGCUGCCGGGUCUGUUCGUGGUCGGUAUCUUUUCCGCUGCCCUAUCGUCCAUGUCCACCAGCAUGAACACACUGUCGGGCACACUGUUCGAGGAUUUUAUACGGCCCCGGUUUGCGCUGAAGGACAAAACGGCCAGCACGGUAGUGAAGGUGAUGGUGAUGACGAUCGGUGUGAUUUGUCUGCUGCUGGUGUUUGUCGUGGAGCAGCUCGGUAGUAUCUUCAGCUUGGCUAUUUCUGUGUCGGGCGUUACUUCGGGAACGAUGCUCGGUAUCUUCUUUCUGGGGAUGUUCUCGCCGCACAUCAAUGGAAAGGGCGCUUUCUGGGGCGCGAUCGUAUCGUUGAUAUCGCUCAGUGUGAUUGCCGUCGGAGCGCAGCUGGAGAUUCUGGGCGGGCAUCUCAAGUACGAGAGCUUACCCUUCCGGUACGAUGGUUGCAGUGACUUCAAUGUAACGGGUACGGAAACCAGCACCUUCUACCGGGAUGCAGCCGGCCACGACAACUCCGAAGUGCCGUGGGUCUUCCGAAUUGGCUUCAUGUACUACUCCCUGCUCGGCACGAUCAUCGUCAUCGUCGUCGGAAUUGUGGUGAGCUACGCGACAGGCGGUCAGAAGGAACGGGUGCCCCUAAACCUGCUCACGCCCUGGGUUCGGCCACUGUACCGCUCGCUCGACUACACGCCCGAAAAGGGCGAAUACAAGCUAACGCGCAGCUGCGAGAUGACCGAAAUAGAGAAAAUCGCCAAAUGAG